ACAGACCACAAGUUAUCCACACGUGUUGUAGUCAGUUUGUUUUCCGAGCGGUGCAAUAUUUUUAAACGUCACACUGUUGCAUAAUAAGCAAAUAUCCAAAACACCAUUUCGUCUGUUAAGCACAAAUCCAACUCACAGAAGUAAAGAACCCGGUACUACUAGGCCUUGGAUGGAUAGCCUUGACCCUGAAACACUAUAUGUGUCUCCAGAGCACACUGGUCUGCCCUCACAUGUCCUUGCUACCGUGGAAGGCUCCAACCUGGAACUGAGGGGUGGGAAGAAGAUGAAUGGGUCCCUGGACCACCCUGACCAACCAGAUAUUGAUGCCAUUAAAAUGUUUGUUGGACAGAUUCCCCGGUCUUGGUCGGAAGAGCAGCUUCGUGAACUGUUUGAACCUUACGGAGCAGUCUACGAGAUUAAUGUUCUCCGAGACCGCAGCCAGAAUCCACCACAGAGCAAAGGUUGCUGUUUUGUAACUUACUAUAGCCGCAAAUCAGCCUUAGAAGCGCAGAAUGCUCUGCACAACAUGAAGAUUCUGCCAGGGAUGCACCAUCCAAUCCAAAUGAAGCCAGCUGACAGUGAGAAAAACAAUGCAGUGGAGGACAGAAAACUGUUUAUUGGAAUGAUCUCCAAGAAGUGUAACGAGAAUGAUAUCCGACUGAUGUUUUCGCCAUAUGGACAGAUAGAGGAGUGCCGGAUACUCAGAGGCCCUGAUGGACUCAGCCGCGGUUGUGCGUUUGUGACAUUCACAGCCAGACAAAUGGCCCAGUCCGCUAUCAAGUCCAUGCAUCAGUCCCAGACCAUGGAGGGUUGUUCAUCGCCAGUUGUAGUGAAAUUUGCAGACACUCAGAAGGACAAGGAGCAGAAGCGUAUGGCUCAACAGCUGCAGCAACAGAUGCAACAACUUAGUGCUGCUUCCAUGUGGGGUAAUCUCACUGGACUCAACAGUUUAGGCCCACAGUACUUAGCACUCUACUUACAGUUGCUGCAUCAGUCUGCCUCCACAGGGAAUGCACUCAAUAACCUGCACCCUGUUUCAGGUCUUAAUGCUAUGCAGAACCUCGCUGCUUUAGCAGUAGCAGCAACUGCUACACAGGCCACACCUACAGGUUCUAGCGCCAUGACGACAUCUACUAGCCCACUAAGUGCGUUAACAAGCUCAGGCUCCUCCCCCACCUCCGGUGGCAACUCCUCGGUGAACCCCAUGGCUUCUUUAGGGGCCCUGCAGUCUCUGGCUGCUAGUGCCGGAGCUGGCCUCAACAUAGGUUCCUUGGCAGGCAUGGCAGCACUUAAUGGCAGUCUUGGCUCUGGAAGUCUUUCUAAUGGCUCAGGAAAUACAAUGGAGUCACUGAGCCAGGCCUACUCUGGCAUUCAGCAAUACGCUGCCGCCGCCCUCCCUAGCCUCUACAACCAGACCAUGCUAUCCCAGCAGAAUGUUUCAGCUGCAGGCAGCCAAAAGGAAGGUCCAGAAGGCGCGAAUUUGUUCAUUUACCACCUGCCCCAGGAGUUUGGAGAUCAGGAUCUGCUCCAGAUGUUUAUGCCCUUUGGAAAUGUAAUCUCUGCAAAAGUCUUCAUUGACAAACAGACUAAUCUCAGCAAAUGUUUUGGCUUUGUGAGCUACGACAACCCAGUGUCAUCACAGGCAGCCAUCCAGGCAAUGAAUGGUUUCCAGAUUGGUAUGAAAAGGCUGAAGGUGCAGCUGAAGCGCUCAAAGAAUGACAGCAAGCCCUACUGAAGGUGCUGAGACACUACAGGCUUAGUUAGGCAGGGUGGUGUUAUGGUAAGUGUAGUGUGAAUAACCAGCUGAGACUGAUGCACUCAGAAACUUGUCUGUGCACUACAGGGCUACUUCACUGCUCCUCGUGGUCAUUAGAGGACAUGUCAGGACAAAGACAGAGGUGAAGCUACAUGACGAGUUUUGACACUAGCCUGGAUUCUCCCUAUGUUCUUUUGUGGUGCAUGCACUUUUUCUUUUUAACAAAAAAGAGAAGCAGUUGUGUUUUAAUUUAACUUAAGAUAGUGUCAGUUUGCUGUGGUAGAAAGUAAUACAUACGAGUCAUUUGUCAAGAAAUGUUGCAUACUGACUAUCAGGUGCCAAAUCUCUCUGUUGCCACUUCCUGUUCACUUCUUCUUCGACACAUUUAAUGUUAAAAAGCAGGCUGCAAUUGGGAAAGACAAAUCUGUUGUCUGUCAAUAGCAACAGUUUUAUGGUGAACACUAAUUGAGAGGCCUCAAGGGGUGAGUGUAGCGUAAUGUAGAAACCAUGACUAAAGUACCAGUUAUACUUGAUAUGGGAUUAUACUUCAUUUAUAAUCAGUACAUUUACCUGGUGAUUAAUAAAACAUGUUGUAAUGCAGUUGAGAUGUAGAUCAACCUGAGUGAAACGUCAGGGACCGAGCUGAUGUGAUCUAUGAAGCUUAAUUGUCAACUUUAACAAGCGAUAACCCUAACUUUCACAAUAAAUCCAAAGUUGACUGACUUCUUUCAGUUGCUUAAAAUUCUGUGCAAUGUGAACAUGAUGGUUUUCAUAACUACAUUUUAUUGUUUUAGUUUAGUUUUUUCACCAGCCCUCCCUUUUCGUGAUAGCUAUCAGCUAGCUGACCUCAAGGGCUAGAGACUUUCUAUAUAUUGUGCAAGAUUGACCUGGCAGCUCUCUUAACUUCCAGGAAAUUGUGUUGUGUUUUUGUUUUUUUUAUGUUUCGUCUUACAUAGAGCUAGGAAGGAAGAUAAAUAUUGAGAUAUAUAUUUUAAUCAUAAUGCUUUUUCUAUUUUCAUAGAGAUUUUAUACUUUCUGUAAGUCUCGGGGAACUCUUAUUGUCUAAAUAUUUAUCUGAUUGCACAUUUUCUACAUAAUUUCCAAUCUGCCACCUCACUUCAUCUCUUGAUGUGUGUCCUAGACUUGCCUGUUGAAUGUUGUUUUGUUUUGCUGAUGUGUACUACAUGUCAUUGUGGCACGAGCUGUAUAUGAAGGAUCCAUCCGAUACUAUUGCUAGAAUAUUAAUAAUAAUUUAAAAAUAAUACCAGGGACACGUUCAAAACUGAAUCAUUUGCAGAGGGGCUACCAUGCGAGUAUUAAUACAUCCAGGGUACCCAGGUAUUUCAUCAGUGUUUAAAGUCUUUCAAGACAAGGAAGUUCGAUAUUAAAGGAAAAACAUUUGUUUAGCAUAGCUGGAUCAGCUUUUCUGCUACAUGUUAUGCCCUAGAGAGUAACUGUUUGGGCACUUCCACAUUUUUGUGUUCUCCGGGCUCUGUCCUUUAGGACUGUCAUGUACUUUCUAAUUGGACUAAGUAUAUAUUAUAUUACUGAGUUCACAAAUGAAAGUCUAAGACUUGGCAUUUUAAAGUCAUGCCUAUUAUUUGUAAAUAAUAAGGCAGAGAGCCUGAGGGACAAGAGUAUGUGUUAUUGUCAAAAUACAAAUGUAUAAAUAAAGUACAUUGAUGUAUUAUAUGCAUUUACAUGGCUGCAGUUAACUAUGUAUUGAGAAUGUAACCUAUAUUAUAAAAUAACAUGACUAAGUGUACUAGUAUUUACCGUUUCACUGUAAGAGCCUCAUAUCACUGGGCCUCAUUUACUAGCUUUAUGUGUGCACACAUUAAUGAUUCUUUAUUUUUGUACCUGAUUUGUUCACACUCUGUGGACAAAUGGCAAAGAUCUCUGAGAAGCACUUUUUGCUUUCCCAUCAAUCUGGGAAAGGUUACAAAGACCAUUUCAAACAAUCUGAAGUCCAUCAUUGAUUGGCUCAUGUGAUGAGUCACAUGAUUAUUGGUGACUACUACAACCCUCUUAACUAGGGUUUAAAUACCACCAUUUGCUUUUAGAACUGAAGGAGCUUCUCAGGUGUGAGGUGAAACGUCUUCAAGAGGUCCAGUCACUUUCUUUCCAAGCUCCUUAGAAUACCAUGACCUAGAUGACUAAGAACCUACAAAGACAUAUGGUUCACUGGUUUCAUUAAAAUAGUUUUUGAACAGCAAUUUGAAUCUAUAGCAGUUAGGAGUAUGGGCUUCUACAAUCAGUUCAUCCAGUGUUAGUUUAGCACUAUGCAAAUAAUAUUACCAGACUUUAUAUUUAAAUUAGAAACUGAACUAUCAGAAACAAGGUAGAACUGUAAGAUAGAAAGCAAGAUAACUAGUUUCUUCCAAUAAAGGCAUGGAAAUCAUGCCUAACUUGAUCCAAAUGUAUAAUUAAUGUGGAUAUCACAUCCACACAGCACAAAGAGACUUUAAAGCGACCACCGCAGUGAUUCUACUUUAGAAACAGUUUGGUACCUGUUGAAGUUCAGCAGCGGCUGGCUUUGCCACAAAUGACGACUCACUUUAUCACUGUGCUGGGCUGUGGUCAGCAUUUUACUCAGCUUUAACAUAACCCCACUUAGUUUUAGAUGUUGUCUGUGCAGAUGCUUGUGAAGAGCCGAAGUUGUGUUCAAAGUAUAAUGUAGUUGUUUCUGUCCUGCAGCAGUCUCCACUUUACCACUGCGCUCUCGUACUUUAGUGCAAAAAAAAUAAAAGUAAUGUCCAUGUCCACACUGGAGCUGUGCCACUAUUUUCCUCCGACGACACAUGAACUGAAAUCAACUGAUUUCAGUUGCAAGAGUGCAAGAGUUGAUAAGCGGGAUUGAUAGGCAGGCAGACUAACGAAGGAAUAAAACCACUAACUGUUAGUGGUGUGUGAUACUGCAUAUUUUGGUAUCGAUCCCAUACCAAGGAAAUACGGGCCAGUAUCGUUGAUACCGAUACCAAUACUUUUCAAUAAAUAAGGUGGAUACGUAAUUGAAUUGCUAAAUCUCAAUUAAUUUUCUUGACUUCAAGUGUUUUUUUUGCGAUGAUCCUUUUUUAUUAUAAAAUAGUUAAAACCCAGGACAUAAUUAGGACAAAGUUUAUAAUUAAAUAGAAAAUGCUAAUAGAAA